UUUGGAGUCCCAAUCGCGAAUGAAUAAUAGAGUUUUCUUACCUUUAGCUAUUAUGUUGCUGAGGACCCCAGAAUUUACAUUAAACAUCAUCCAGUUCAGGUUGACUUCCUUUAGUGCCUGAUGGAUUGCUCCUGUUUAUACAUUGACACCUCAUGGACUUGCUGGAUUGUAUGUCCUUCUUGCAGCUAUACUGCUGAUGGCAUUCUGAAGAGGAGCUCAUUCCCAUGCUCAUUACCAUGAUCCUAUAAUAACUAACAUUUACAAGCAGGAGCAGUUGGCUGACCUUCUGAGCUCUCACUCAGUGGUAGAACGAUUUGACAGCGUUGUCAAAGGUGAGAUGGCUGGCUGGACAUUUACUCUUACUGAUAGAAAAGACAAAGUGUGUCCAGUAGGAACAAUCAAGAGCAUUCAAGUCCACAGAUAAUUGGAGCUUAUUAACAAGGCGAUGUCAUGAAGAAAGAUGACAAAGAUAACCAUCAUUUCAAGAUUUUAAUGUGCAAGGGAAAACUGAUUUAUACAGGAAAUCCAUGAGAGACUAUUUUACCGUGUCAACAAUUUUCCUUUCUGCAUUUAUCUAAUAAAAUAUUAUCUCAACUUUAAUGAUUUUUCUUUUCUAUGGAGCCCCUGAAGGGACAUAGAUGAAAUAACAAAAAAAUAAUUUUCUCGAGAUUUUUUUGCGAGACUUCGUGAAACUAUUACGAGCUCUUACAAUGGUUGUGCAAACACAUCUCUGACCAAGCUGUUGGAGGUGGAGUUGCAUUGUGGGUAAUGUAGGCACCAGGUUCAAAGACAGGAAUUCAUCAUUUUUGUACGCUCAGACUCAUCUAUCACUGUAGUUUGUAGUUACAAAGAUCCUGAUAAAGUGGCAGUCAGAUACAAACUGUGCUGCUGAGUGAAUGAAUUUUGGCUUUCCGACUUUACGCAGCCUUAUCAGAUCCUUAUGAGGUUCUGCUGAUGUAAACUGGUUCAGGAAGUUCUUUCUGAUUGUCUCAUACAGUUGGCAAAUAAGGAGAAAAUGGUUGUCUUUUCUAUUUAUUUUUACAAACUAUUUCUUCUCUUAAAACCUAGUUUUUAUGACAGCCUGUCUCAAUUUCUAGUUUUUGGUAACUGAGUCUGCACAUUGUUGUUCUGCUUGUCUGUAGUUUUAAUUUGUAAUUUGGAGAGGUAAUGGAGGUCUUGGUUCUCUCAUUGGGGGCUUUUUUUUUACUCUUUUCAGGGGUAUCAGUUUCUGGGCAGACUGUUUCUUGGAAAAGCCAUGUGGUGGUAAGAUUCAGGAUCAGUUUGUGCCAAGUGCACCUGGAAUUUAUAGCUCUUUUGAUCAUAUGGAGCAGUAGAGGGAGUUCUCUCAGUUCUGCUCUGCGUGCCAGGUCUGUACAGUUUCUGUGAACUUUGAGGAUUUCCUUACUGAAGUGAAGAUGAAAUUUCUCACUUGGGUUUGUGUCCCAAGAUAUUUGCCUCUGAUUCAUCACAGGGCCCCAUACCUCACUGCCAUUACUUUAGGAUGUGUUAAAUAAUGUUUCAAAGUAAUUCCAUCCAUCCAUCCAUCUUCAGCCUCUUAUCCAGAAUCAGGUCGUGGGGGGCAGCAGCCUCAGCAAGGAAGCCCACUUUUGGAUGACCCAGUGACAGCAGUGAAUUGCAUCAAAAGUCAGCCACUGCAGUCACUAAUGUUUUCAAUAACGUGUGGAGAUGAGAGGUCAAGACAGCAGGUUCUCUAAUUCACCAAAGUCUGAUGACUAUCAUACACUAUGAUCCUCUCUCUUGUUUUGGACUGCAAGACAAAACCUAAGCAUUUUCAUUAACUCCUGGUAUGAACUGGAGGAUCACUUCUUUGAUUUCAUGUGCCUCUGUGUCUUGGCAUACCUUGCUGAUAAUUUGAGCGACUUGGAUACUGAAGUAAGAGUCCUUUGAAUAUAUGAGAACAGAAGCAGAUCCAGUCCUCUGUGGCAGGUACCAUCAGAGACCACCUCAACACCCUGAGGAGUCUGGGAGUUCUUCCCUGUGCUCAUCAAGCAACAUGGUUGACUACAAAAUCUGUGAGCCUCCCAAACUGUGACUGCUAUCACAAGCCUCACUUAAAGAGAGAAGGACCGCCUUGAAGAGUGACCUUGUGAUAUUUCCUGAAACUGAUCUUCACACUGAAGCUCUCGACACAUAUGAUUUAUCUAACUGAGCACUGAGGCAAGAAUUAUAACUUGAAACCCUUGUCAAUAAUUUACUAGCUUCAACAUUAUCACUGUGACUCAAAGCUGUAAAGAUCAUGUUCUUCGACUUUUCAAGUGCAUUCAACACCAUCCAACCCACCAUACUCAAAGACAAGCUCACAGAGAUGGGAGUGGAUCCUUCCUGUGUUUCCUCGAUCACAGAUUACCUGACAGGAAGGCCACAGUUUGUCAGACUGGGGAGCUGUGUUUCUGGGACAUCAAUGAGCAGUACAGGGACCCCACAAGGGACAGUGCUGGCGCCAUUCCUGUUCACACUGUACACGUCAGACUUCAGAUACAGCACUGAGUCCUGCCACAUCCAGAAAUACUCAGAUGACCCCGCUACUGUGGCAUGUAUACGGACAAGAAGCUGAACACAGAGAUCUGACAAGAUCCUUCAGUGACUGGAGUCACAAAAACUGCCUCCUCCUCAACACCUCAAAGACAAAGGAGAUGGUCAUAGACUUCUGUAGAUCCAAACCCCCUCUUCAGCCAGAGAACACCUGUGGAGUGGACAUCGAAGUGGUGCGGUCAUAUAAAUAUCUUGGUCUACACUUGGAUAAUAAGUUGGACUGGUCUAAGAACAUAGACUUCAUCUACAAAAAGGGGCAGAGCCGCCUCUUUAGCGUGAGAAGACGCCGAUCAAUAGACAUCUGUAGUAAGAUGCUGCAGAUGUUUGUUAUUAUGGCAUAUUUAGUGAACCACUUAUAAUUUCCCCCUUUUCCUGUUGACAAUGUUGCAAACACCCACUUUUCAAGAGCAUUUGUAUGAUAUUUUUGAUCAUCUUUUAUUAUUACCUCCUCUCAGUUUGUUUGGAGAGCACAAACUGUUAGGUUGGUAGUUAAUGGGGGAACAGUGAGAAAAGAAAAUGAACAGGUACAACAGCUCUGGAAUUAGUAAGGGUUUUUUAAGGAGGUCAACACUGUAAAGGCUUUUGUGGGAGAAGUUUCAGGGGAAGGACCAGGGAUUUUCUGCAUCUGUUAAGAUUCACCAAAGAAAAAUGCAGAUGUUUCCACUCUGACCACCAGAUAAUGGUCGGGCUUUAAAAGCCUUUUAACAAAACAUUAGGUUUUACGCUAUUUUGUGCAGCAAGAAGGCUGACAAGUAUGUGGUCCUUGGAGUUGAAAGCAAAUCAGCGUUGAGCUCUGACUGGUGCGACAAUCUUCACUGCAAGGCAAAAACAAGGUGACGGUUAUACAGUGUUAAAUCCACAAAAACAAAAUGUGAAUAUUUAUAUUGAAUUUUCACAAAACAAUUUGAAGUUUUAAAUAAAAAGACACCAGCUAACAUACACAAAUUAAUUUAAAGAAUGAUUAAAAAAACAACUUAAAAAAAUAAAUAAAAAUAGUUCAAAGUUCAUUUGUACCUGGCUUUGCUGACCAAAGGGCACUAAUCCUCUCGUGGGGUUGAAAACUCCUUAUUUCACACAAAUAGCUGUGAUAUUUUCAACAAUCAAAACAAAAGAUUAAUAAAAAAAAUAAAGCAUAACAUGGACGUUUUUGCCUGCUUGGUUGUAAUCAGUGGCCCCUCCUCAGGUAUUUAAGUUGUUGACACACCUGCCACCCUGGAACCUGAAUACCACCGUUUUGCUCAGGUGGCCACUUACGCCUACGUUGCCAUGGAAGCGCUACCAACCGACAGAGGUUUCUUUUUUUCCAAGCUUUAUAAAGAGGUUUUAGGCCACUUGUUUUUAUAAAUCCCUUCAAUCCUCUUUAGAUCAAUAUUUAACGUGGGAUUGUUUAUAUACUUAGCUUAUAUGGUUCUAUCGAAAAGACAAAUCCAGGCAAACAUUAUAGUGCUCUUUAUGUGCUCAUAUAGUUGCUUUAGUUGUAGAUGUGAAAGAAAACCUCAGCAAAUAUUCAUACAUUACCUUAUUUAUUCUAAAUUGAUCACAAAAAGUCAUCCUGCUUCACAGUCCUCCUCUUUCAGUCCGGAUAUUCAGAUUAACUUCUAAUUUAGAUCUUCAGAGUUAUUUACCACUGAGUUUGGUCACAGCCCAGACCUCAUGUAGCCUAAAUACACUUUCUCUUAUUAAUAAAACAUUAACAGGUCGCAAUAUAUAUUCAGCAUCUCGUGUUUUAACCUGCUAAAAUUUAGAAGAGCUUGUUUUUAACGGGGCAGUAAUUAAAUCUCAGUGUAAGCCAAACACAUGUGUAACAAAAAUGUCCAUUUUGGAUCAUGACUUUACGGUCCUGAAGAAAAUUGUAGGUAAAAGACUCUGUGUACAAUUGAAAUUUCUAAACAUUACAAAAGUAAGAAAAAAAGUUUGCAGUUUUACAAAUAUUUUUGGUUUGGUGCAGAAACUGUUUAGAAAGUAAAAAGUAAAUGAAAAGUGUGAUCGGACGGUUUGUACUCAGACAGUGUAAAUUCGGCUGUAUGUCCCGAGUGUAAGAGCAUCAUGUUCAGAUUAUUAAAGGUCUGAAGGUGAUCUUAAUUUGAUAAAGGUAAUGUCUCGGACUGAGUUUUCUUGGCUUUAACAUUUCUACCGUAGAAUGAGCGAGCCUUUUCAUCCACUUUGGGCCAGAGGUGAACACUUCCACCAGCCAAUCUCUGUUUCUCCAAUGGCGCGUCACUGUUUAUGGCAGCCAAUGGCGAUAUAAAGGGUAUAUCUGAUCGUCCAAUGGGAGCAUAGAUGCCUUUAGUGGGCGGGACUUUAAACAGGGUUCACUUACGAGACGGUGGACCUGAUUGUAUCUACGAAAUCAGACAGUGAAGAAAUGCGAGAGCCGGGCUUUCUGGAGGAUCUGUGUGGAUACUUUUGAGCUCAACAGAACUCGGUUUGGAAAAAAGGUGUUGUUCGAAUCUACAAUGAGGUAAGAGAAUGAGUAUAUAAGGAUAAAUGUGUUGUUUUCUUUAAAUUUAAAGCUUUAAUUUCUGUGUCAAUAUUCAAACAUGUGUUCUGGUGGAGUAACGCGUCCGUUUUACGCGCAGACACUAAAGGUUCCUCCUUCAAACUAAAGGUCUCUGUGAUUAUUUCCUCCAUCUGAAAAGGCCUAAUGUCUCCACCUGUUUCUUAACAACCUUUUACUACAGGUGUGAUGGACCCAUGUGUGCGGUGAGCCCUCCAACGGGCUAACCAGAGCUCUCUCAAUAAGCUUAUAAAAUCCAGGAAUUAGCCGCAUCCUGCUCGGGGAACAUCUGGGAUAUAUGGGAAUGUGUUUACGCGCCCGCAGCUGUGGAUUUUAGGGCCGAGCAGAGGAGGAGAUUUGACGCGUAAAGAUCCGGUGGGAUGCUAUGAGUCGGGCGGACAGAGAGUGACCGACAGGGAACAGUGAAGAGGAGUAAAAGAAGAUGAAGGAGAAAUCUAAAAACGCGGCCCGGACUCGGAGGGAGAAAGAAAACAGUGAAUUUUAUGAACUGGCCAAACUGCUGCCGCUGCCCUCCGCGAUCACCUCCCAACUGGACAAAGCGUCCAUCAUCAGACUGACCACCAGCUACCUGAAGAUGAGGAUUGUCUUCCCUGAAGGUGAGAGGCCGUUUUAAUUAUACAACAUUAAUAGACCAAAUCAGCUUAAUUGAUUUCAAUUGAAUAAAAUACAUAAAAGGAAAUCCACUAGUUUUAUUUUACCGUCCAAUUGGUUUAAAAAACAUAUUUGGUGAAUAUUUUAAUUUUGCUUUCAGAAGCCAUUGAGGUUGGAAAUAAUCUUUAUUGUCAUAUUUUAAUUUAAUUUAGUAUGUCCUUGUCUACAAUUUUCAUUUUUCAACAAUGCGUUUUUGUUUUUUCCAUCUCGACACAAUUUCCAUCCGCCAUCAGAUUAAACAAACUCAGCCACGUUAUUUGUUUACUGCGCAAAGUAAAUAUGUUUCAAAUAGCUAAAUAAAGUAAACCUUUUUUUAUAAAUAUAUACAAUUGUGGAAAAACAACAUGAACAGACGAGGUUUUAUUCAUAUUUUUAUCCAUUCAUUUCCUGGAGAGUAGAGGAUCUAAAUACGCGUAAAGGCAUUAAAAUCCGAAAUGUACGCACGAUUGAACUGUGAAGAGGUUUUCGUUGUAGGUUAUAACAUGACUCCUUAAUUGUUUCUUAUCAUUUAUCAUUUUUUCCUGGAGUCUCGGGAAAAUCUGAUGUUCAAUGUAUUAAUCGUAUUUUGGAGCAAGAGGACAUAUUCGAAACGGAGAAGAAGCUGCAGGCCUAUCGUGUGUCCUAUAAUCCCUCCAAUUUAAAUGCAUUCAUAAACAAAAAACACCUAAAUGUAACGAAAGUGCAGCAUGAGGAUAUCAAGAUUAACAUAUUGUAAGCUUUAGUAAUAGUUUGAUCAGGUUCUAUUUUCCUGAUGUGUUUGGAUAAAAUCACAUUCAUAGUCCGCCGCCAGCCAGCAGUGAUGUGGUUUCUCUCCGGGGCCUCUGGUGGCCCCUGGCAGCAGAUUAGCUGAGAUGAGGCUCCAUCCUUCCUGCGUGACUACUGCAGAGAUGCGGAUAUUAGUAUGAUGUGCACGUCUGAUCCCCCAACAUAUGGAGCUUCUUGUAACAGUAAAGCAGGAGGGUGGUGCCGAAAGAUGGAGCGACAGAGAACAUGGAUGCUCACACACAGACGACAGAAUCAGAGACACAUAUAGGGCAGUGUUUAAAAAUAAAAAGGGUAUUAUUAGUGUGUACUUUUCUCCUGCACUUUUAAUCAGUCUCUACGGCGCCGAAAGAGCAGGUCUAGACAUACUUUGUGUUAUAUUUCAUAAGAGCAAAUAUCAAGGUUUGAAUCAGAAUGAGAAACCCGUCAGAUUCAGGAGGAAAAUCCUUUAAUCCUACAAAAGACACAGCACACAGAAGAAGAAAAGAAAAAGCUUUAAGUCAAAUCUAAUCUAGUUAGUGAAAUGCUGCGGUGUUGUAAACAAAUCACGCAAAGGAUUGCAACUUAAAAUAGACACAAACACUACAAAUUAUAGUGACAAAUUUUCACAAAUGAUUACAGAAACUUUUCUUUUCGACACAUUUACCAUCAAGGUUUUCAAUUUCAAUUUUGCACAAGCCAGAUUUAUGAAAGAAAACAUGAAUCAAUAACUUUAUUUGACCUUUUUGUGUUUUGUAUUUUUACAUUUUGCAAAUAUAGUAACCUGUGUCUUUGCAUAAACAAAUAUUAUUUUCCUAACGUACUUUACGCUGACAAGUUCCUAAAAGAACAAACAAAGAUCACUAUGAAGCACAUUAUCGUUGACAUUUGAGACACAUAAGUCUGUAAAUGUCAAAAUUAAACAUACAAAGUCACAGUCCUUCUCUAAGCACAUGUAAGGAACUGCUUUCAGCGUGUUAAAGAAGCACAGACCCGGUGAAAAGUUCCUUUCAAAGAAGCCGUCUUAGUCAGUUUCUCUGCCGUUGGUAAAAUUGGUGUGUCUUUUGUUGCAGUAACUAAUAUCUUUUUUCUGUCAAUGAGUCCUGAUUUCACUCUGAUCCUCCUCCAGUGCGUCUUCUAUCUAAACCACAGUGAUUUCAAAAAUGUUGAGUGUGUAAACAGAAAAACCUGUGAGCAGUCAGGGUGGUUAGCUUUCUCCCUGAACUGACUGUUACAUUGAGACGUCAUUGUUUGUGUAAGAUUUUAAGGAGCACUUAAGUGUGUUUAGCAUAAAUAAGUUAAAAAACAAACGUCGUCUCUGCGCGGCGCAGCUCUCAGUCUGCGUUUCUGUCAGUCUGCUGAGCUUCUCUCUGUGCUGGUUCACAUGUGCGCUGACAUCGGCAUGUAGUGAAUAAUUCAGAAGACAAUCUGUGUCGUGCAGAGCUGCAGGAUUUGACUCUUCCUCCUGUGUCUGCAGACUGUGAUGUGUUUUUUUACUCAUUAAAUCACCUCUGCUGCUUUAAAGAGAAGGCCUCUACACACACACACACACACACACACACACACACACGCACAGUUCAGAUGUGAUGAUUGAGUCUGUGAAGACGCUCAUCUGAAGAGGCUCUGCAUGAGAGGGAAGAGGAAGAGCUGAAAGUGUUCUUCAUUUGGAGGAGGAUUUGUUCUUUUUGUCUCAGGUGUGUGUGUGUGUGUGUUAAUGUGUGUUAGUGUGUGUAAGGGUUGAGAGGGGUCACUUUCCUUUACAGCCCUCAGAGUGGUCAGCGUUACGACCUUUGACCUCAGCCAUGUUGUCUUAAAUUACACGACACUCCACACCACAAAUAUCUGUCUGAAUUCUCGACACCCCGGCCCUCAAAUGAGCUGUAACCCCUCAGAAAGAAGAACUAACUCUGAUUGGAUGAACUCACUGAUUUCAAUGAUGUUAAUUCACUCUUUAUUCAGCUUUAUAGAGAUUAAAUCUGAUUAUAACCCACAGCUGUUUAGAAACAGCAGAGUGGAGUGGGUGAAUAAGGAUCAAGAUAACAAUGUGUGAUGUUGUUGGAUAAUAAAAUCACAGCUCACUGGAUUGCCACUCUGCUCUCUCCUGAUUGGUCACUUCCCCUCUAGUUUCUCAGACUAUGGAGAAUGAUGUGUGAAUAAUGGACACACACGUUUAAGUGUCUCUUUUAUUUAUGACCAUACUUUCAUAAUCGGCAUGGGGUUAUUGUUCUCUGCUUGGCAUUAGAAGCAAUAAAUGAGCAUUUUACACUAAAUCUCAAAUAAGUUAGUUCUCAUUCUUCUACUCUUGGUUGAGGAUUAUGAGAAGACUUUGGUCGUGCUGGUAACUGGUGUAUUUUUUGCUCUUUUUAAAUUGAAGUCUAUGUGGAACAAAACUUUAUUCAACCACUUCAGGGCUCAAACUCCAUAGGCCUAGAUUCCUGAUGCUGUUUUCGCCCCAAUUGACAAAUCCAUGGAAGCUUUGUAUAAAUAAAUAAAUAAAAAAAAUCGAUAUGAUUUAGAAACAUAAACAAAAAAAUGUUAAAAAAAUGAAUACAAAAAAGAAAAUAAUAAUAAAAGUAAUAAUAAUAAUAAUGAUAAUAAUAAAAACAAAGAUCUAUAUAAAGUUAAUUUUUAUAUAAUAAUAAUAAUAAUAAUAAUAAUAAUAAUAAUAAUAAUAAUAAUAAUAAUAAUAAUAAUAAUGAUAAAAACAAAGAUCUAUAUAAAGUUUAUUUUUGUCAUGUUUGGACAUUUUCUACCAAGCUGAUAAAGUCAAAGAUAAAAGGGGAAUCCGCGACGACAACGACCUUUAUUAACCUAUUUUUUUAACUGUUACCAGGCAGAUGAUUGAUCUCCAAUAACGUCGAUUAAAUAUAUGAAUUGUAAUAAUCUCCCAUCAAACUGUAAGAGGGUUUCAUGUUGAAGGUUUUUUUAAGUGAAAAAAAUCUGAAUGACAAAAGCAAAAUUAAUCUUUUGUUUAAAAAAAACAGAGCGUCUAGGUCAACUUUAACAAAAUUCAUCGCGUCUCCUUCAAAAUAAAAGUCGCCGUUGAGCACUUCAUCUGUCUCUGCAGCUUUUUGAAUAAAUACCGAGGUUUAGUAGAAAAGAAUAUUUUUUUAUGUUUAACUUUCGAAUAUCGAUUGUCAGAGAUGUUUUAAAGCUGUAAUGUGGGCUCUACUUUUUCAUGCUCGGCUUGACCUUUGUUUUUGUUUUGUUUUUUAACUUAAAACAAGAGAGAGAAAAAACGGCUUAAGGCAUAAGACAAAACGGAGUAUAUCGUUGUUGAAUUCAAAGAAAUAACUUCAAGCUCUAAAAACUCGGUGAAAAUGAUGAUUUUCUCUUUCAAAUCGCACUUUUAUUAUUCCUUUAGCCAAUAACCAUAUUUCUCUCCUGUGAGACUAAUCGCUGUUUAGUGACCUUUUUUGUCAUUUUCUGUAUAAAUACCCUCGUUUCAUUUCAUUUUAUUCUGAAUUUGCUUAUUAAGAUAAGCGAAGAUAAGUCUUUAUUAGUCGCACAAAAGGAAAAUUAAACUAAUUAAUCGAUGCAGAAAAGCUCGAUUAAAUGUUUGUCACACCACUGACUGGAUCGAUUCAUGUCUUUGGUUUUAUUCACGUCCUUAAAGGGAAACCAUAAUAAUAAUAAUAAUAAUAAUAAUAAUAAUAAUAAUAAUAAUGAUAAUGAUGUUUUUGUUGUUGUCAUUAUUUUCAUUAUUAUUGUUUUUGUUGGUGGUGUUAUUAUUAUUAUUAUUAUUAUUGUUGUUGUUGACGUUAUUAUUAUUAUUAUUAUUAUUAUUGUUGUUGUUGUUGUUGUUGUUGUUGUUGUUGUUGUUUUAAUUCUGUGAGGACUACUUGACUCGUGUUCAUUGAAAUUUGAACAUUCUACCUGUUUAUUUUCCUAAAAGCAGAUCACUCUUUCACCUUCAGUCAGUCUCUGUAUUAAACUAAAGUAGUGAGUGGAUCUAUUUGUGCGUCCUGCUCCUGACUGUCAAACAGCGUGGGUUUUUUUUUCAUGCAUCACCAAACGCAUUGAAAUCCACUCUCCGUCUUUAUUCUUCUGUGAUUUGAAGUGGAUUUAUUAUUGAGCCCAGUUGUGGGUUUUCUUGGGGGGUAAUUUGAUUGUGUUUUUAAUGCAGACGUGGAGUCCAUCUUCGCUCCAUGGGAAGCGUGCGGGCUGCGGGGCGCGGUGAUCCCCGCACGCCGCCUGUUUGCUCUGCAGAGCGGGAUUUGCAUGUCAAUGCUGCUGCUGCAGAGUCUCCUGUUUGCUCGGAGCCCCCCUCAGUCCAGAUGAAAUGUUAGUUUUCACUGCUGCUGGGAAAAGAAAAUGUUUCCAGCUUCUGCAGUGAUCCGGUAAAAGUGUGAUCCGGUCUAAGUUUAGGUUUGGUGUAUUUUUAGAGCUGCAGCUCUUUAACGAGCCUGUCCUGACUGCAAAGGCUGUAAUUCACAGUGUAUCACUGCAGAGAGAAACGCUGUGCCCUCAGCAGAGACUGGGUCUCGUUUCUCCUGCUGUUUUAGUGGUGACGAUGUUCCUGCUCGGACUCUGAGGCUCUUCUCUGUCAACUUCACAGAUUUUUCAGUAAAUAAGAGUAUAUAAGAGUGUGACAUUUAUGUGUUUUACAUGUACUAUUUUAUCUAAACCUCUGAUAAUAAAGUCAAAAUAUAAUGAUACACCCUGAUAUCUGAUCCCCAAAAGGUCAAGUGUAUGGGGAGUGUGAGAAAAAUCCAAUUGCACUUUGUUAUUUUAAAAUGAAAAGCUGUUGAAACAUUAAUAUUUGGCACCAGUAAUAUGGUCACAAGUCCCACGUAGCUUAAAUUUCUUUUUCACAGAUGAUUAAAAAUGUGUUUGUGCCAAGAGUUCAGCCUUGACAUUUGAUCAAAUGAGGCCUGGAUGUCCAGAACCUGAUGUCCAAAAUAUGGUUGAGGUCUCAGUGUGUAUAAAAUGAAGGGCUGCCAAAUGAUAAUUUUGUAACAGCUUUUAAUUACAUUUUCAAAUCACUUGUUCAAAAUGCCAUUAUGUUGCAUUUCUAAAAAAGAAUGAAUGCCAUUACUGAUCUAAAGCAAAUCUUACCAGUGUCUUGAGUUCAGUGAAAUGAACUGUUGGAUUAAUUAUCCAAACAAAGGCUGCACUUAUGAAUGAGUGAGUCAUGGAAAAACAUGAAAACAUGACAGCUUUACAGUGCUCUUUCUGUCAAAUACAGUGUUGGUUUUCAUUAUUUUAAAAAUACUUUGGGGCAUUUUUGCUUUUGCUAGAAACGAGACAGGGAAUGUGAGAGGCAAAGACUGUGAGAACACAUGCAGCAAAUCAGUGACCCAUAUUUGAAGCUACUGAACGAUAAUGGAGCUCUUUUUCCUUCAUAAACGUGACGCUCUUUUAGAUAAAAGAAGAUAAAAGUGAGCAUGCCGGCAGUAUUUCUUCAAAGUAAAGUUCCUUUACCAAAUUUACAGCUUUUGCAUUCACAUGCUUUCAAACACUCUUUGCAGGUAUCAAAGAUUACAGUCUUCAUUAGUCCUGAUAGGUGUUGAUAUGAAUUUCAGUCUCAUGUACGAACUCAAAAAACUCCUCUUAGGAGCUUUACGUUUUGGUGAAUUGUUCUUUUAAGGACUGUAAUACAGACAGAAAUUGUGAUUUUGUUGGUAUUUCUGUUCCAUAGUUUUCAUACCAUCGUUGAAGUCUUAUCCCCUAUCUGAGACAAGUACCCUCUUAGACAUACUGUUAGUAAAACAUUGUAACAUGCCCUCUGCGGUGCCCCCUUCCUUUAAAAUUUGCUUCAGCAGCUGCCUCUCUAAAGUAUUAGACAUGACAGAGUGCGCUCUGAAUGCACUUUAAGUUUGUGAAAUAUUUAAAUUAAAAAAAGGAGCCUUCUGGAUGCUCUUUCAGUAGAAAUAAGAUCUAAAAACAUGCUCGGACCUCCCUCCAAAUAGAUGAAAUGAAAAAAUAAUAAUGUGGCCUUGCCAUACAGUGUAUGUUUGGUUGACAUAAACGUUUAAGAGCCAAGACAAAUACAUAGAAAGAAUUAAAAAUAUAAUAUAUAUAUAAGUGUUGACUCAUUUUGUUCUUUAAUUUACAUUUAAUCACAUAGUCCAUGAAAACAAUGACUGAUCAAAUCUGCUCAGAAUUUGGACUCCAGGCAGGAAGUCGCAUGGCUUUCUAGAUGAUUAUCUAUGAAUAAUUUUGUGUUUUUCUUUUACAUUUCCUCCAACAAAUAUUGCAUGUUUUGCACGCUCAAAGUUUCCUAACCCCCCCUCCUAUCAUGUGCACUAACAUAGCCUAUGUUUAAAUGAACCCUGUGCUGUUGGUACCAGGGGUUUGAAAAACUAUUCCAGUCAUGUAUCUUCAGGGCCGUCAGGGGUUUCCAAAAGAAAACUUUUUCUAGCCCACCGUUAUUUUUGACAGACUACAUUUGCGAAGAAUGAAGAGAAAGAGGACACACAGAGGCAAGUAGGCUGUAAACAUGAAUAUGAAGGAAGAGGGACCUAAUAACAUUGUUAAGUGAAACCCACAAGGAGCGACUUACGGUAGUGAGUGUAAGACUUGUUUAUUCAUGGGAUCAUUUAUGACUGAGGGUUUUGAUGAAGUAACUGUUGGUACAGUCAUUUUAGCGUCAGCUUACAGGAUAAUGUGGGCCCAGUCUGGUGACAGUUGCAGAUUUUCAGGUGAAAUCUUGGUCUAAACAAAGACAUUGACAACAUCUACAACUAGUGCAAAAACUCUCACUUUGCCACUUUUCCACCAGAAAAACAGCACCGUGAAUCAGAGAGAGUAUGUUUCCUUUGUUGUUGGUGUUGUUGUUGUAGUUGAAGAUAGGAGAAAAGCAAAGUUUCCAGAAGGCUUUUUUUUUUCUGGUGGUCAGUUGUGGCUGGAAAUAUAAUAGGAUCCAUCACACAGAGCAACAAAACACCACUGCUGGGAUUACAUUGAAAAAUCAGAUUAAAGACAAUGCAUCCAAACUUCACACCAGCAGAGAGGAAGAGAGAGAAAGGCCUUUUUAUAAUUAAUUUACUUAGACGUAUAAGGCCAUGGAGCUGUCUUAACACUUCACGUUAUAUCUUCUUUUUUUUUUUCUAUAAAGCUAAAGCGUAUAAUAUAGUGUAUUUCCUAAGUAACUGAGAAAAGACUAGUUUUCAACACCCUCCCAACAAUCAUUUCCACCUCUAUCACAUUUCCACUCCCAUUACGAGUGUACUGGUGAGGUUUCAUACAGCUCGCAAUCUUGAACCAGCUCUGAACAAGUACCAGGACCACUCUGGUUGAAAAGGAGUAUUUGAAACCAGUUUUCAAUGUCUUUUCAAAUGUUGAUUCAAUGAUUUUCUUGUAAGUGUAAAAGUGUUCACUAGGUUAAAAUUCUCUUGUGUGUGUGUGUGUGUAAUUUGUUUUUUUUUUCAGGUCUUGGGGAGUCUUGGGGUCACGUGAGCCGCAGCAGUUCUCUGGACGGGGUCAGUCAGGAACUGGGCUCACAUCUCUUACAGGUACUUUACUCUGUGUGGUUUAUUCUGAGUGUUAACACUUCAAGAGCAAAUUCACAAAAGCUUUAUGAGUGACCGAGCUGCCACAAGGUCACCUAAAUGGUUUAUUUACCAUGUUAGAAUGAAAAAUUAAAAUUUUUACAACCUAUUCAGCGAGGAUUAUUCAGGCGGAGCUGCUGUGCAUGUGUGUGUGUGUGUGAGUGUGUGUGUGUUGGUUUUAUGUGUGUGUGUGUGUGGUUAAGUGGCUGCUACCAUCUGCCUCCCACUGCCUCCAUUCUUGUUGCUUUAAGAGCGAAAUGAGCUGAACACAUUCCUGGUCACGCACGGCGCCUCAGUCUGUCCUGCAGCCCGUCUCACAUCAGCUGCAGCACAAAGGAGCAGGACUGCUGAAUUACAGGAGGACAGGGCUGUGGGUUUACUAAGACAGAGUAAGACAGCAGCAAAAUAGGAGCACGUGGGUGACAAAAUAUCAAAAAAAAAAAGAAUGAAAGGGCCUGAAAUACUUUUUAUAAUGGCGGCAUGGGUCUUUCUAAUUCAAACCAACUAGCCAACCAAGACAGCUAAAGACCCCAAACCCCACUUUCUGCAGGGUAAGAUCAUUUUUUUGUGUGUGUUUGUUUUGUUUUUAUGAAUAGAGUCCGUUAGCUUGGUUGACAUACAUGUAUAUAUAUGUACAAGGCUUUCGCAGGGAUCUUGUAGGAAGCAUUUUAUUUUCUAUUUUUGUUAUAAAUAUGAGACAUCAGAGGGGAAACAUAAUAAGUAGAGAAAGAAGAAGAAAAACUGUGUUAAGAAAAACAAGAAAUAACAUGAACUCUUAGGCAAAGCAGCACCAUGAAGAAAUAAAAGAAGAGGUAAAUAUCACAAAAUAACUCUGCUCACAUUUGCUUUCACUUUUUAUAAAACAUAAACAGAAUGCCAACUCAGAACGACCCUUUACCUUACCUAAAGCCCUUUUCAAAUAUGCACAAAGCUCCUAAAAUGAAACACUUCUUGAUGAUUCAAAAAUAAAAAAUAAAACUCACCCAAACAUGCAAAUUAACGCUGGGGAGGAGGCGACUGCUUUAUGCUGUAUCAGUUUUUAUCAAACAUAGUUGAGGGUGACUAUACUUUGAGGAUUUGUGGUGUCCUCAUUGACCUCCUCACCCACCUCUAGUGACCUCUUUUUAUUUACCAUUUACAUAAAAAAAAAAAAAAGUGAUACUGCAAAAAUUGAUAGCUCAGGAUAUAGCUGCACACCAUACCUUCAAUGACUUGAUGUGUUGAUAUGAAGGUUUUAGGAAUAAUUACGGAUCUGUCUCUGUGUGCCAACUUUUUAAAAUAUCGCACUGACAUCACGGACAACACAGCAGUAAAUUUGCGGACAUACUGUACAAGAGGUUGAAAGUGGAAUGAAAAUAAAGAGAUAAACCAUUAAUAAAACAUAAAGAAGAGUAAAUCUAAAGUAUGAGUUGUUUUGAUGUUGGACAAGAUUGUAAAAAAUUAAACCGUGACUACCGCAGUUUCAGAUUCCAUCUCCUAUAGACAGGAAAAACUUCGUUCGUGUGUUUGUGUGAACAGCAAAAGUCAGGAAAAUUUCAGGGUCAGAGCUUCUUAUAUUUCCUGGAAAUUUUCUGGAGAACAUAUCUGUAAACAGCAUGAGAUGCUGCGUCUGAUGUAUAAACCAUACAAGCUGACCAUGUUUAGCUAUUUCUGUUUUGAAGUAGGAUCCCCAGAGGUCUUGGGAUCAUGCUGUGGAUCAGACAGCAGUUUCUCUCAUGAAUAUCAGACACUCUGUAAACUCUUACUCAUGGGGGCCAAAGUGAAUUUGUAAAAGUGAGUUUUAAGAAGUAAUUUCAAACACGUCACUUAUUUCGUACGCUUCAUCUGACCUGGGAGGCUGUUUUAAAGUCAAAGAGUCAUCUUGAGGUUUGAGCCUCAGCUUUGGAAUGACCAGAAAAGACUUGUCUGAGGAUCUGUGAGAAAACUGUGCUCUGCAAGUCCUGUGAGACUCAGAUGCUGAUGUUUUACCUUUAUUGAGAGUAGCAUUGACUUGGGUGGAUCUUCAGGUAUAUGUUGGUGAGCUCAAAGCAAGAAAAUGACAGCUGAAUAUUAAACAGUCUAUUUUUAGCUUAUUAGCUAACAUAAAGUAGUUAGUCACACUGUAGGGUCCAGAAGGAAUAACUCCUGUUAAUGUUUAACAUUUGUUUAAAUUGAUUCAACAUUUAUUUUCACCUUUUAUGCCAGCGAUAUCCUGACUGUCACUUCAGUGAGCAAACUCUACCAUGCUCAACUUGUGAGGACUGUAAAGACGGCCAAUGUCGCCAUGGAUUCGAACUUGCAUAUCACGCAUCUGUUGACUGUGACUGCUCCUUAAACCAAUACAGGAGUCAUUGUUUAACUGUCUUUCCUGUGCAGACGUUAAAGUUUGAUUGUGUUUCCUUACAUCCUUUCAAGAUUGACAUAUUGUCCUGUUGCUAUUAUUGAUAAAACUUAACAGCCUGACAGCAUCCAUAUCUUAAUGAAAAGUAAAAAUAUUAGAUACUUAAUAGCACCAUCUGAUGUAAGUCAACAUGAAAAAGUGUAGACUGUGAGACAGUGGCUGUGUCCGAAAUGAAUCACUCAUUCCCUAACCCCUAACCCCCAUAUAGGAUUUUAUUAUAUAGUUGACUAUGUAGUGAACUCAAUCACCGGAGGUUUCGGACACUACAUGGCAAGACGCAAUGCAUGAUGGGAUGCCCACCACCGGUGAGUGACCAUCAGAUGGUCACUAUAUUUUGCAAUGCUUUAUGGGAAAUUUUGAGUCACCUAUAUUGGGCACUGGAAUUGAUCACUGAGGUUUUGGACACCCCUCAAAAUGGCGCAAACCCCCAUAUAGUCACCUAUAUAGGGGUUAGGGAUCCAUUUCAGACACAGCCAGUGCCACUUAUUCCACAUGCGUUUCAAAGGGGAAAAAAACAUCUUAUAUUUUGACCAUUAAGCUGCGGUUGAUACCCAACUAUUUUGGAAUUAGAGUCGUCAUUUUCAGACUGUAGGCUUUUUUUUGGACAGGACAGCUGGAGAGAGUAAGGAAAUGUUGGAGGAAGAAAGUGAGGACUGUUAACCUCUGUAUAUAAAUGAUAUGUUUUAGCUUGUGUUGCCUGGACUGGCACCCUGACUGCUUUGCAAGCCGUACGAUGAACAAAAAAUCUGAAGAAAAUGACACUGACCUCAUGGAAAGACAAGUUAUUAUUCUGUAUCUGAUGCAAUGACUCUUUCUCGUGUCUUUCAGACAUUAGACGGCUUCAUUUUCGUGGUCGCCCCUGACGGUAAAAUAAUGUACAUAUCAGAAACAGCAUCAGUCCACCUGGGCCUGUCACAGGUUGGUUUGAAACACUGUCUGUUACACCUUGAUGUUCUUUGGUCCUGAUGAAUCACAGCACUGACUUAAUGUUUAUCUCCACAGGUAGAGCUGACGGGAAAUAGCAUCUAUGAAUACAUCCACCCAGCAGACCAUGAUGAGAUGACCGCUGUCCUCACCGCACACCAGCCUUACCACUCACACUUUGUCCACGGUAAUUAACAACACAUGCGGGUUAAACUGUGUACAACUCUUUUAGCAGCAUUGAUUAUAUACUUUUUAAACUGUCUGCAGAGUAUGAGAUGGAGCGCUCCUUCUUUUUGAGGAUGAAAUGUGUCCUCGCCAAAAGAAACGCCGGUCUCACCUGUGGUGGAUACAAGGUUGGAUUAAAACUCUUUAUUUCGUGUGGAAAUGUUGGGACUGUGUCGAUUAUCAGGAUCAAAUACUGAUGGAGUCAAAUGAAUCAAUAAAAAAUCAUUUAAUACUACAGAUAAAAAAUGAUUGUGAUUAUACAAUGAGUUGUCUUUAUUCAUGUUGGAUAUAAACUCUUUGAAUUUUUGGUCCAAUCUAACGGUAUUGGUGCCCUCCUCAGUCUCAGUGGCUCUAUAGUCCGUCUCCCUCAACAAAGCCAAUUCAGAAAUAUAACCCAGGCCUUACAAUGCCUUAGUUAUAUACUUUUAUUAACAAGUAUAACAGAGUUCAGGUUUAAAGUUAAAGCACGAGUAUAUUGUAAAAUGUAAAUAAGUGUUAUCAAGCGUCUCUUUUGGUCCAGGUGAUCCACUGCAGCGGCUACCUGAAGAUCCGUCAGUACAGCCUGGACAUGUCUCCGUUUGACGGCUGCUAUCAGAACGUCGGGUUGGUGGCUGUUGGUCACUCACUGCCGCCCAGCGCCGUCACGGAGAUCAAACUACACAGCAACAUGUUCAUGUUCAGAGCCAGCCUGGACAUGAAGCUCAUCUUCCUUGACUCACGGUGCGUCUUCACUACCUGAGGCUUUAACAUUUACCUGGACACCUGCUUCAUUUGUAUGCAGUUAAUGUAGCUUUUUGUUAAUGCGAAUAGACUUCAAAAAUCUGUGUGUGUGUUCAUGUUUGUGUGUGUGUGUGUUUGUUUCAGGGUUGCAGAGCUGACAGGAUAUGAACCUCAAGACCUGAUCGAGAAGACUCUGUAUCAUCAUGUCCACAGCUGUGACUCUUUCCAUCUGCGCUGUGCUCAUCACUUGUGUGAGUUAGGUUUGUUUUACUUUCCUACAUACUCUCUACACACACUCACACACAUAUAUAUAAAUAUAUACAUGCAUAUAUAUUUAUAUAUACAUAUAUAUAUACAGUAAUUUCAAUGUUCAAUGUUCUUGAGCAAUGAAGUGUUCAAACUGCAGUUCCUUGAGUGUCCACUUGAGGCACCCAUUUUAAAAAGCCCAACAAAGUCAACGUGCUCAUAGUCUGGUUCUGGUCAUGAAGAGCUAAUUUUAUUAUAUGCACACAUUGCACAGGGGUUGAUUUUUUAUGUAAUUGAUAAGUUUUGAAGAUAUGACAAUUUUGUUGCUAGGAACUAAAGGCCGGCUUUGCCAGUUUCUAGAUUGUGAAAGUUCGUUAGAACCAGCAGUUUGAGUGUGGCUGCAGACGUUGAUAGGCUAAAAAACUUUGCUUUAGAAAUCAAUGGGUUUCUAAUAGUGCAUUACUUUUGCAUUUAUUUAAGGGAGAGUUUCCUGUCCUAAAACCAUCCCUGAAGAUCUGACCGUGCAUUUGUUCCGGUGCUUUCAAUUCGACAAGUUCCCUGCACAUGAGCUGCUAUAUGCAUGUCAAAUAUGCAGAAAAUAAGACCAAAAAAGUUCUCUGCUUUAUACUGUGCUGCAGUUUGAUUCCUUUUCCUUAUAUAAAUCAUUAGAUGUCUGUUUUCCCUUCUCUUGGUCUUGCAGUGCUGGUUAAAGGUCAAGUCACCACCAAGUACUACCGUUUCCUGGCUAAGCAUGGUGGCUGGGUCUGGGUCCAGAGCUAUGCAACCAUUGUCCACAACAGCCGCUCAUCCAGACCGCACUGCAUCGUCAGCGUCAACUAUGUCCUCACGUGAGUAUCAGACUCUCUUCAGUAAAGCGGACGGACUUAAUACUUAUCUGUGAAAUAUUUCUAUUAAAUAAUUUAUACUGAGACCAAUGAUGUUGUUUUGUUUACGUCUACGUGCAGUGUGGUCAUUAGUGAUGCACUAACCGUGAAAAUGAGAGGCAGAACCCCACUCAUGUUUGGAAGAACAAUUGUGCCAAUGCUUUUUCAGGACUUUUUUAAAUGUGUGGUAAGAAAUUGUAUGUGUUUUACUUGGAUAUUAACCUCUAUACGUUUUGGCAUACCAUUCCUGAGGAACAGACACUAUCGGUUUUUCAACACUGUGUACACUGAUACCAAUGAAAAAUAACGUCUUUGCUUCAGUGUCAACAUGCACACGUGAAAUAUGCUGGAACUACUUUCUGUGCAUUGAUUUGACAUGUGAUCUGUUUGUCUCUGGUGUUUCUUUUGUUAUACAGAGUAAGUAAUUGUUGUCAAGGGGAUUUAACCAAUCAGAUUCAAGCAUUUAAUACGGCCUAAUAAGGCAAGAAAACUGAGUAAUGAGAUGCAAAAAGAUAUGGCUCAUCUUUUUCUAUAUAAAAAUGGAAAAAUAUUGAUAGUUGCUUCAACUAAGACUUGGAUUGUGAAGGGGUCUCAGUGAUGGUGCUAUAACAAAUACAAGAACAGUAAUCCUCAUCCCACUCAGCUUCACAAACUUUAACCCUUUCCCUCAGGAGGUUUUUUUUUUUUAAAUGAAAAACGUGGAUCUUCUCUACUGUUUAGUCUGCAUGUCAGAGAGGACAGCUGUCAGUCAGAUGUUUCUGGCAUCUGGCAGCUCGGGUUUAGAGGGCAGCUCAGAUCUCUGCUGUGCUGUCACUCUCUGUUGUGAUGAGAUAAUGAGUGUUGGUACUGGAGAUUUACACAAACACUCACCGUGAGGCAAUUAACUAGAGGUUAAUUGGAAAUACGACACGUGUCUGUGGAAGCAUGGUGAGCAGAGUCAGAGGCAGGAGAACGUUUGUCAAGUCAGUCAUAUUCUGCUUUUUUAUCGUUAUGGUCUGGAACAAAAGAAAUGUGGUUGUGAAACAGAGAUGUUGGACCAUUUCUCUUUCUUGGAUUUUAGCUGCAGCAGACAUUCCUGCUCUAUCACUGUAUCUGCUCUGCUGUACGUCAGAGUGUUUGAGCCUUUGUUACCCAGUUUGUAAAGUGUGCUCAUGUGUUGGCUGUUACCUGUGGGGGCCCUCUCUCUCUCUCUCUCUCUCUCUCUCUCUCUCUCUCUCUCUCUCUCUCAGUCACCUGGUUCAGUUUAUCUGAGACUGGCAGCUCUGCCUGCAGAGAGAAUAAAUACAGGCAGGCACUGAGGCUGCAUUAGCUCAGCCUUUAUCCUGCACACACAGUGAGGCUGAAAAUCCUCAUUAUAAGCUGCUUUUUCUCUUCUUUGUAAUAAACUCAAACCAACAGGGACUAUACCGGCAUAAAACAGAUUCAAGUCCAUAUAGUUAUGUUUAAGGAGUAGAGGAAAUAAACAUGGCUGCCAAUGACUGAGCCUUCAUUUGGACUAAACACAAGGUAAUUGUGCCACAGCGAAAAGGAUAACCCCCACCCCAACAUGGACUCAUCUCAUAUAGUUUGUGUAAAAGCCCUCUGCAUUAGGCUGUACACCCUACCUUCCCGUCUCCCCCUUUUCAAGAGGGGAGGGGAAUAUUUUAAUACUGAUGAACUAACAAAAUAACUAUCUAUAUACAUACAGUAUGUUUGCUCCUACUUCAAACCAAAGCAUCUCCUUCAACUCUCGGCCCCUAUAAACUCAUACAGAUCUUGAAACCAUAUCUACAGCUCUCCCUCUUCUCUGCAGCUAAGGUCGCUGCUAAGCACAACAUUUAGCAUAAUGCAUGUGCAAUAAAUCAAAUUAAGAAUCGAAUAAACUGCAGUUUAUGUGAUCUAAUUCCAAUCUAUGACACUAAAAAACAUUGAUUUUGUGUAAAAUAUGGGUUUAAGUAUAGUCACAGAGAUAGAAUGAUGUAGAUGAAGACAUAAGAAUAUUUCAUUAUUAUUAAAGCUUCAAGGAAGAGAUGUGUUACCAUCACACAAUGGACUGAUCAUACUUUAUAUGUACUCAUGCCUGUUUACAAGUUAGUGUUUAGUUUCUCACCGAUGCAGCUUUAACAAAACAGGAACCUGCUGGCAGCAACCUGAAUGCAAAAUAAAACCAUGACAAAAAUCCUUAAACAAGACGAUGUCCUCUCUAAAGUAGUUUCAGUCUCAGGACAAAUCAUCAAUUUGAACAUUUUCAAAAAAGGAUGAUGACAUUCUAGUUAAUUGCAUUUAUUUUGCAAUGUUUACAAAGUAAUGUUUUGCUCCAUGCUUGUCUUGCCUUUCCUCGAUCUGACUGAAUUUGUUGUAUAAGUUUUCCACAGAUAUUGGGAUAUUAUUGCCAUUGUGAUAAUUGAUGACCAAAUUGAUUGUACAGUGAAAAUCGUGUAUCAUGACAGCCCUAAUCUAUGCAGUCUUAAUUUUAAUUCCUCCCAAUGUAAUACCCACAUCUUAAUGCUGAAAACCUGGGAAUUGAGAGAUAGUUUCACAUGCCUGUGAUCCUUUUUAUUUUAUGACCCCUGAUGUGCAUAUUUCACAGAUGUUUAAGUGUGUGUAUGUGUGUGAAGCAGGUCUUUUUAAAGCUCUAUUAAGCGCUGAGGCUGUCUCCAUUAAGAGAUCAGCUGACACGUUUCCUCCUCCCUCUACCUCAAACCUGUAGCAGCGUUGCGUUUACAGCUCUUUAAUUGAUGGGCUGUAAACUCGAUGAGUGUUUAUGGGCUCCAGCAUGCUGUGAAAGGAGUGUAUUUUUCUGCUUGUUCUCGAUCUUUUUAAAAUAUUGUUAAAGUUGAGCGACACGGCGACUGUGGAGGUGAAGCUCUUUGUGCGGAGUUGUUUGACCUGGUAGCCGUAGUGUACAAAGUAUGAUGAUAAGGGCACUUCACCUGCAUGUGAACUUAGUUUGUGUGUUCAGCUCUGAUAACCUCUGAACCUGCUGCUGCUAACCCGACCUGACUGACCCCUGAAUAAAGACACGACUGCUGCAGGAGCACGUAGGACCAGCUUUUUCCCACAAAACCUUUGCUGUUCUCUCAGUUUUGCAAAUCAGUUCUUGUCACUCUGAUAUCUAAUUCUCUAACUUUCAGUGUUUAAGAAGGAACAACAACUGUCCUUAAACAAACACAGACAAGGCUCCAAAAUUAGAGAGAUUGAAAGAUUUAUAUAAGCUUACUGUUUGCAUGACUACUUUUAGAGCAAUGCUGGUUUUAACACUUCGAUAGCAUUAACCCUCCUCCUGUGUUAGGGUCUGCACUGACCUGUUUUUGUUUUUUUAAUGCUUAAAAGAACCACUUAAAGUAGCUCUUUUUGCAUCAAGACUUUUUGACUUUGUCAGGAACCUCUAUUUCAGCAAAAUAAAAAUAAAAAAAAUAAAUAGACUAAAUUAUAAAAUGCUAUUGUUAAAAUUAUGGCAUUUGUUGUGAAAUGGUCGCUGUUGACCCGGUUCGAUCAAUAUCUAAUAAUUAGAGCAAAAAAUAAAAUCAUAAGUGCACUCACAGGCACCACACUGACAGUCAUAUUCUCCUCCAAUCAUGUGAGAUUUAGGAAAUUCUUAUUUUGUCUCGUUUUUCCCUGCAAAAAAACAACGUCAGGCAUGUCCAGACAUAUGAGAUCAAUUCAGUAUAGAUGUUUGUGUGAGGGGGUUACUGACAAAGAAAGGCCCAGAGGCCCACUACAAAAAAUAUUAUAAGCAAUAUUUUCAUGGAUAAUGAAGCCUAACAAGGUAACCUAGAGAUGAGAACCAAAUUGGAUGAUAGAGAAUUGUUUUGAGUGUAAUUUGCAGGUGAUUUAAGACAUGGGUCGAAACCAACCCUCAACAUAGUGGGAGCGUGGUAAAAGCUAAGACAGGAGGAAGGUUAAACAAAUCCUUUCUUGUAGUUAGAGGAGCUAAUGUUGGUGGGAGCACAGCUUGCACAAUAUAGUUCUCCUGCCAUGAAAGGGACCAAAAGGAGCUGUGGCAAAAGCAAACCAAGAUCAUUCAAUACAAUUGUUCAAACUAUGCCAUAAUAGUGUUAGUACAAUUGAAACUGAACUUUUUUAAACACACAUAAAUUUAUACUUGAUAUGAUUAGAUUCCGACCUGGUGCUUGUAAUCUGGGACAAAGACAGUUGUCCAGUCAAAAUGCCUAACCGAGCUAGCUUGACUUAAUGGUAUAGAGGUUGACUAUUACAGUUUUUUAAUGACUGAUGCUAAUACUGAUUUUAAGAGCGGUGGUUGGCUAAUACGAUAAUUGUAAUUGACAAAUGAAAAACAAAACAGCUCAAUGUGAGUUUAUAUUUCAUAAAGUAAAGGAAGAUGGUAAAAUAUUUGGCUAAGUUAAACAUUGCCACAAGGGACUUUGGAUUUCUGUCCAGCUCUCUUUAAGUGUUGAGAUAUUAUUAAGUAAAUAGAAAGGUUAAACAAUAAAAGAAAGUUGUGAACAGAUUCAUGACUUAAACAGAAUUAAAAUCAAAACACCAACCAGUGAGUGUUUUAAAUGUGAUCUGCUGUAAAUGAGUGAUGAGAAAAUGCAUAUUCAGUCAGAAAUGGUAAUGGUGAUGUGAGUCCUGUAAGGGCUGAUGCUGACAUGAUGCUGAUUGAUUAGUCUGUUUUUUACCUAACUGUGCAUGUCAGUGUAAUGAUUGACUUUGUCAUCUUGUUUUUUCUUUGUUUAUGUGUGUGGACUUCAUCAAAAAGAAAGAGCUUUAGUGUUUCCACGUAGAAAGCAAGGACAACAGUGAUGAUCUUUUGGUGACUGUGUUGCUGUUUCUCAUUUUUUCACCUUUAAUUUACACAUUUUCAAAACAAUGAAUUUAUAUGUUGUGAUUUCUUUGUGUGGCAAAGAUUGAGCCAAAAAGAGCAUAGCAUGACAGACCAACAUAGUCCAGUUUAUCUGAAAAGAAGAAGUGAUCUAAUUAAAAUUAUUGGUUGGAUUAAUGAAAACAGAACCUGUUGGUUAAUUUUUGUUGUACACAGUAAAAAAUUCAAAGUUUGGUAUCGUAAUGAUACAUAAAGGAGAUCUUGAAGAGUUUAGCAGCUGCAAUCUUUCAAAACUUUAGAAACUAGUCUCCUCAGUUCCCAAACGUCCACAGAGCGUUGUUAAAGGACAGCUGAUGCAACACAACCACAAUCACGUCUCUUUCCCAACUUUUUGAAACCAGAUGCUGGCAUCAGUUUCUGAAAUGGGCACAUGUGUUUCAUGAAACAAUAACAUUUUUUAGUUUCACAUUUGGAUGAUUUUGAAGCCGUUAAAUUCUGUUUUUAUGAAAUUUUUACCAACUCUUCUGGAAUUUAGGCGUUAAUACAUGAAAAACGUAGAUAUCUUCUUUAAGCAUAACUGAUGCAAAUCCUCUGAGACAUGCCUGCACCUAUGAGUUUGUUUGUGUGGAGAGAGAUUGAGAUGGAGGACAGAUAUGUGCCGAUGAUGGAUCACUAUUUGUCUAAAGUAAACCCUGUCCAGGUUUUCUGUUGUCUCAAACUUGAUUCAUCAUUCGUGGUGAGAUCUGUAGAACACUUUAGCGAGAAAUCAAUUCCCAUUUCCCAGAAGUGAGGUGUCCAAGCUUCUCCUCUGGGCCUGAUUUAGCCAGACAUAGCUUUUAAUCUCCUGGUGUAUUUGAUUGGACAGCUUUCUCUCUGUAGAGUGUUUGUUGAAGGCCUUGCUGCAAUCCUUCUGGUAAAACAAGCAUCCCAACAGCCCUCCUGGCAGCUUCACACACACUCUCAGAAACACAAACACACAUCUCUGCAUGCUAACCCUCUGUGCACCACAGUGGAGCUCUAAUUGCUAAACAGAUGUUAAUGGGUUUUUGCACCUAGAGGAAAACCAAACAUGGUGGAACACAUAGGCUGUUUGUGCUCUUUAAUAAACAGUCUUUCCAGGGACAGGGAUCUCUGCUUGUGUAAUUAUGGAUGUCUAAAUACAAUACAAGCAAAUGUAAAACUUCAACAACAACAGGUAAAGGACUGUACUGCUUGUGUUUUCAGGGAGACAGAGUACAAAGGCCUCCAGCUUUCUCUGGACCAGGCAACAUCCAAGGCCUCUUUUCCCUACAACAUCAGCACCUCCAGCAGCCUCGCAGAGACCUGCAGAACCCCCAAGAGCAGAAUAUCCCGGCCUAAGACCAAAGCCAGACUCUCGCCUUACACACAGGUGAGGAUUUGAUGUCUGACUCAUAUACUGCAGUGGACAUUGUUUCGAUUUUAGAACCAGCUGUCUGUUUAUUGGCCAACACUGGGCCACUUGGUUGGUUGAGACAAAGUUUCUGCGGGUUUUAUUUUUAAAUCUGUGCCUUUGUCUUGUUAAUGACUAAGCCCUGUGUCUUUGAGUCAAUACCUUUUGAGUUGUUGUCUUUUUUGCCCAAAGCCUCACAGUACAAUAUGUAUUAUGAUACAGGAGCCACUAUAUUGUGAUACAUAUUGAUUUUGGCCGAUGACCACGUCUUAAACAGAGUUUACUGCGACAGCUGUUCCUUAUUGUACUGAGUAAUGGCAAAGACAUAGUUUUAAAGCCUUUAGACAUCCAACAAGGAAAUGAAAUUAAAGCUGCAGCAGCAACAAACAGUCCGUCAUGCAUUAGUCCACAUUAGUGUAUGUCACAGCUGCAAAGUGGGAAGAGGCUGCCGUUUGUGAAGCAGCUGCAACCAUGCACCAGUUGGUGGAGCUCUCACCUGGUCAAGACAGUUAGCAUGUGCCAUUUAAAGCACAGAACAAUGGAGCACAGGCUUUCACUAGUAGGUGGGGCUAUGACUUUAACCGAGUAUCUGUCUGUGAGAGUAUUCACGACCCUGCGCUAGUGGAACAGUUAAGUCUGUAGCUAAUUCAAAAUUGUUUGUGGGAAUUCUUCUUAUAAGUGGUGCUAAAACUAUGAGCAAAAUGGACGUAGAUUGGUUCACACUGGGACUGUCAUCAACCAUGUGAGGUUUGGAGCAGAUAGGGUACUGUAUGUGACAGUUACUGCCAUGUAUUACCACAAGGUGGCGCUAUGAUUGUAGUAGAAAAAAUAGCAUACAGGUGUGCUCAGGUUAGCCUUAAUCGUGUGUAUGAUAUUUGGAGUAGAUCGAACACUCCAUGAAGGAUCGACAACAACUUCCUGUUGAGCUGCCAAGGUCACAUGACUUCACAUGUGAAAGAUCCUUGAAAAUCUUAAAAUCUUGAAUGUGUUUACAACACAUUGUUCUAAUUUGGAGUUUACGGACAAACCUAAAAGACAUGUUCAUUCCUGUCCAAUCUGAAAAAGGAAAUCAAAAUCAAAAUGGCCAACUUCAUCUUGGGUUUAGGGCAUGGGUGAUGGAAAAUAGAUUUUAAGGUCUGGUUGGAAGAAUUAGCACACACAAUUCGUGACAUGUGGGUGAAAGUAGCCCCUAUUGGGACUUCACACUACACAAUAAGUCAUUUUUACUAAAUUGUGCAGGAGACCAAUAGUAAAUACAUUUUUCUGCCAGACCUGUGAUGUUCGGUGACUUUUUAGGCAUGUAAAAGUCAACCAAAUAUGCAAUAUGCACAUACAAAGAAUAAAAAGAAUCCAUAAAGUCCAAUCAGAGUUUCCAUUCAAAUUUUUAUUUCUCACAUUGCAAAAGAUAACCAAACCUUUUAAUGUUACCACCAAAAAUUGCACCAUCUCAUUGGGGGAUUUCUCUGAUUAUUUUUCUCUUUGCUGCUCUAACAUUUCUCUGCAGUACCCCAGUUUCCAGACAGAGCGGUCAGAGUCAGAUCAGGACAGUCCGUGGGGCAGCAGCCCCCUCACAGACUCAGCCUCCCCUCAGCUGCUGGAGCACAGUGAAGGACCGGACGCCUCUUGUGUGUACAGACAGCUCUCUGAUCCCCGAACACUCUGCUACAGCUUGUCCGAGGAGCAGCAUCACACUACUAGUGACGGCUACACACACCUUCACACGCACAGCCAGGGUCAAAGCUGUGAGAGAGGUCGCUGUGAGGCAGGGCGGUAUUUUCUGGGAGCUCCUCCAUCUGGGAGGGAUGCAUGGUGGGGCACUGCGCGGUCCAUCCUACCCCUGAGCAAGAGCUCGCUGGAGAACCAGGAGGGAUAUGACAACAGCAUGCCACACAUCACAGCCAUCCACAGCUACCAUGGUGAGGACUGAAAUCCAGGCAAUGUUCACUGUAGAGACAAAAGCUUUCAGAGUUGUAUGCACAACAGCCUUUUCAAAUUAAAUUUCCCUCUUCUUUGACUCCCCCUCUCUACUGGCAAACACUUUACAAACCCAUUAUUUACUACCUCAUAAUACAUAACUUGAGCAGUUUCAUGCACAAGUCUUUUAAUAUCAUAAAGUAUACAAAUAUAAAGUAUACAAUUUAAAGAACAAAAACAUACUCCUGAGAUCUAGUAAGAUUUGUUAUUCUUAUCAUCCUUUUGUGCAGCAUCUGUAUCUUUUGUAGAUGUUUUAUAAAUGUCUCCCUGAACUCUAACACUGUAGGACAGAUGGUGAAAAUAGAGCAUGGUUUUAAGUAUGUAAUGGUUCUUGAUUUAAAAUGUCUGGCUUUUUUCAGUCUUUCACUGCUUCUGUGGACCUUUAGCCUUGCGGUCAAUUAAAACAUGCAGAAACUUGCUUUUAUACACUCCUUCAGUUUGCACUUUAUCUAUUUCUAAAUUAAUUCCUGCUGCCUCUAAAUGUGCGAUCUCAAAUAUCGUAGCUUUAGUUUUGUGCAAGUUUAAGAAUAGCUCACUGGUAUUUAAUUUGUACAUUUCCUCUUUGAUCAACCCCAAAAUCCUCUGCAGAUCAUUCGCAGAACUUAACUUUUUUUUUUUCCUCUACCAGGAAAAUGAAUUUUAGAAAAUCCAGAUACUUUACUGACAUACAAAAUAAGUAAUUAGGGUUCAAAUAUUAACUGUUAGACACGACAGGUUAAUUCUAAGCAACUUGACCAAUGCUGUCCAAACUGAACAAACUGCUUCCUGCUUGUCUGCCUCCAAACAUAUCCUGUUCUUUAGCAAUAUUUCAUGAUCAUUGUGCCCUGUGCAGGCCGAGGACACUGGGAUGAAGACAGCAUUGUCAGCUCUCCAGAAGGAGGUUCAGCUAGUGACUCAGGGGAUCGAUACCAAGCAGACCACUACCGCUGCAGCCCCCAGCAACCCAGCAAGAUCGAGACGCUGAUCAGAGCAACGCAGCAGAUGAUCAAGGAGGAAGAAAAUCGACUUCAGCUGCGAAAGGGCCUUCUGGACGCCCCUUUGGGACCAGCCAAUGGGCUGCCAAAGGGUCCUGGACCGUGUUUAACUUCAGAGUACACUCAAGGUUCCCUGCCACUGCAGACCGUAGUGUGCCGAGGUUUGAGUCAGGUGGUCAGCCCUGCACAGAGUCCUGUCCCUGUGUCCAGGCUUAGCAGUCCGGGGUCUGAGCGCCUCAACAAGCCCAAAGACUACCUCCAAACAGACCUGACCCCUCUUUCUUUGCCAUUACACCACCCAUUUGGUCGGUCAGGCCCGUGCUCAGAUUCCCCCACCCCAGCACCGGCCCUCUACCCCUCCCACACCCACCCACGCCCCUACUUGGACAAGCAUACAGCUUACUCCCUGACAGGGUACACUCUGGAGCACCUCUACGACCCCGAGAACCUCCGCGGCUGCUGCUCCUCCACUAGCACAGGCCCCACCCACUACGAUAUGACCCCUCACCUCCGCAUGCCGGCAGAGCAGACCCCCGGACACAAAGGCACCUCUGUCAUUAUCACCAACGGCAGCUAA